AUGGUUGCAACAUGGCUCUCAACGACCGCUUCCAUCGGAAUGGCUGUGGGCCCUCCUCUCGUCUAUGCCGACCAAGCUCUCUCUAUAGUCAAGAAGAAGGACGCUACAGGAUUCUCUCGUGACGUUUGCGCGAUAUUGCUGAUAGCCAACAUAACAAGAUGCUUCUUCUGGCUAGGGAACCGCUUUGAAACCGCAUUGCUGGUGCAGUCAAUAUUGAUGAUACUGGCCCAGUUGGCCCUGUUGUACAUCUGCAUAAUCUACCGGCCUAGACUGAGCACAGAAGCCAUCGCCGGUUCGACGCGCCCACUGUCGUUCUGGCAAUGGCCUACGUACACGCAAUACGUCGAAUUCCUCGCGGGCCUAAUUCUCUGCCAGGCCAUCCUCUUCCUCAUCUUUGGUCGAUCCGAAGUUUUUGUGGGCACACUUGGAUUUGUAGCGCUGGGUCUUGAGAGCACUUUGCCUAUCCCGCAGUUAAUUAGCAACUACAAACAGCGCUCAUUAUACGGAUUCCGCAUGUCGACGCUUAUCGGUUGGGUCGGAGGAGAUUCAUUCAAAACGGUAUACUUCUUCCUCCAACACUCACCCCUGCAAUUCAAGGUCUGUGCCGUCUUCCAAUUAUCUAUCGAUGUUGCCAUCAUCUUCCAGCGCUUCGUUUACGGCAAUGCCCCACCCAUGUCCGUCCUUCUAGAGGAAGGGGAUGAGCUGGAAAGGGCCCUCGCACUCUCGGAGGAAUAA